AUGGAUACAUUUUCCGAUGCAUACGAUGAAAAAAUUCGUCCUCUAAUGGACAAAAUAGAUCAAGCUCGAGCCAUUUUAUCAUCGAGUAAUGAUGGGAUUAUUUUUCCGAAUGUAGUCGUAGUUGGUGAUCAAUCAAGUGGGAAAUCAACAUUAUUAGAAGCAUUAUCUUUAGUUGAGCUUCCGAAAGGAUCUGGCAUUGUAACAAGAUGUCCACUUGUAUUACGACUACGAAAAGCAAAUGAACGACGUGUCUACCAUUUACAUAGUGAUCAUCGAAAAACUCAAUUAGAUGAAGCCAAAUUAAAUAUUUUACAUUAUAUUGAAGAAGAAACAAAAAAAUUAGCCGGCAAUAACAAAAAUGUUGUUCACGACUUAAUCGAAUUACAAGUCGAAGAUCCAAAUGUACGUGAUUUAACUGUUGUCGAUUUACCUGGCAUAGCCCGAAAUCCUAUUGCCGAUCAACCAAAAGACAUUCAUAAACAAACAACAACUUUAAUUCAUCAAUUUAUUCGUCAAGAAGGUAGUGUUAUUCUAUGUGUCUUCCCGGCAAAUGUCGACAUCGCUACUGUUGAAUCAUUCACAUUAGCACGUGAAUUCGAUCCUGAAGGUAGUCGAACAAUAGGUGUGAUAACAAAAUCGGAUCUUGCUUCGGAUAAUACUGUCUUAGCACAACAAUUACUGAUGGAAAAACCGGAUGUAUUUCAAUUAAAAUUAGGUUUUAUUGCUGUUCGUAAUCGAAGUACAGAUGAAAGAAUUUCUCUCGAAGAUGCACGACAUCGUGAAAAAGAAUUUUUUCGUGAACAUCUCAUCUCAACUCUGGUCGGAUCGCAUUGUCUGGGUAUUGAUGCAUUAAUAAAUCGCUUAGCUGAUUUAUAUUCCGAUCGUGUUCGUGAAAUUUUUCCAAAAAUGAAACACGACAUACAAAAAAAAUUAAAAGAAGUUCGUGAUCAAUUAGAAAAACUGCCACCAAGUUUAGAAACAGCUUCAGCACGAUUAACAAAAUAUUAUGAAUUAGCUGAAUUUUAUAUUGAUAAAAUUCUCAAACAACGUUUUACAAGUUCCAGUGAUGGUCGACAUCCUAUUAGUUUAAUCAAUAAUUUACAUAUAAAAUUUAAACAAUUUGAAAAUGUUAUUCAUGGACAAAGUCGUGAAUUAUUUACAGACAAAUAUCGUGUGAAAGUACGAGAUGCCAUGUCAGCAUGUUUUGGCGAGCAGCUACCGAAUUUUCUUCCACAUCCUGUAUUAAAACGUUUAAUAGGUGAGAAACUUGAUCAACUUUGGACGGUAGCGACUUUACUUAUCAACGAAUGUUUUCACAAAACAAUGAGUAUUUUGUUAGAAAAUGAUCGUGAGGAAUGUCAUGAUGACAUUUUAUUACUAAAAUUAUUACCGUUAUUUCGUCAUAUUGCUAUUGAUUAUUUGAAUGAUAAGAAACAAGCAAUCAAUGAUCAACUGAAAGAACUUAUUCGAUUAGAAAAACAUGAUCCAUAUACACUGAAUCAUUAUUAUAUGGAUACAAUUACAAAAUUUAAAGAUUAUUUGGCACAAAAACGAGCGGAAAACGGAGUAAAGAAGAGUUCUUCAUCGACGACAGAUUAUGAUGAUAUAUUAAUGUUCGAUUCGGUUUCUAAUGAUGAUCAAGCAGUACAAGAUAUGUUAGUUAGUAUCUAUACCUACUGGAAAUUGUUAACCAAACGUUUUGUUGAUUAUGCAGCAUUAUCUUUACGUGCUGGAUGUGUUUUUGAUGUAUGCAGUGGUACAGGAGAUUGUUUAAGACAAUUACCUAGAAAACAAACUGAUUUUGUUGAUAAUUAUCUGGCUGAAGAUACGUUCAUUCGAAAUAAACGGAACCAAUUACAACAAACAAAAGAACGAUUGGAGAAAGUUUAUGCGAUACUUGGUGGUAGUUUUAUGACUGUAAAUGAUAAUGGCACGUCAAUUAAUAUGGCAUCCAUAGUAUCUGACACAGCAAUGACUUUGGAUAAACUUUCAGAAGAUCUCUCUCGUGCUAGUAUGCAUGAGAGUAUUGGUUCUUCAACGGUUUCACAAAACAAUUCACUUCUCGAGAGAAUCCCAUCGCAGUCGCUUUCAACUAAAACGUUUACACAUCUCAACGGCUACAAGUUUCAACAAACGUUAAUAGAAGAUAGUUUCGAUGGGUGA